GCAAAAUUUAUUAUCUCAAAAAUGUCCAGUCAGGUGUUAAAAAUUAUAAAUAAAUAACAGGAAUACCGAUCGACAUACCAUCAGUUAAUGGAAAACGUCUUACUGCACUGAUCUUUCAUCACAUAAUUAGAGUAUGCCUCAAGUGGCCGCAGGAGCAUCACUUACAUGGGAAGAAACGAAAGAAGUUUCAGAAUAUAUAAAACAUCACGGCAUACUCCAGUUUAUUAAUUUGUAUAAAAAAAAUAAGGAUACAAGAGAUGAUGAGUUUAAAUGGGGAGAUGAGAUAGAGUACAUGAUUGUCAAGUUCGACGAUGAGGAAAAAACAGCGAAAACAUUAUUUGACUCGCAUAAUUUGAUGCCGAAGCUCAAUAGAAAAGAACUCGUCGACUUAGAUUAUUUAUUUGACUUUAAUAGGAGGACAGCUAAUCGUCUAUGGAGUUAUGAGUACAGUUCAUAUCAGAUCGAAUCAAAGCCUGGAAAACCUUACGGCGCACCAUUGGCGGAGUUUAAUAAAGUUGAGACGAAUAUGCUGAGACGAAGAGUUGAAGCGAGGGAAUUUUUGAAGCCUGAUGAAAGUCUAUUGACGGUUACUUCGUUUCCAAGAUUGGGGUGUAGUAACUUUUGUUACCCGGCUGCAAAACCGACACCGGAGGAAGGAAUUAAUGCUAGUUUAUUUCUUCCCGAUGAAGCUAUAUGUCAAGGGCUUGACAGGAUGCGAGCCAUAUCGAUAAGUGUCAAAUUGCGUCGAAAUCAAGGAUUGUCGAUCAAUAUACCAAUUUACAGAGACAAAAAUGUCGCAGUACCAUUCAGAGAAGACUUGGUGGCUUUAGGAAGUGAUGGAAAAGGUCAAAGAGAAGCCAAAGAUGAUCAUGUUUAUAUGGAUGCAGCGGGUUUUGGAUUAGGCUGUUGUUGUUUGCAAACGACGUUGCUUGGUCGUGAUAUAAUACAAGCACGAGAAUUAUAUGAUCAACUAACAGCAUUCUGUCCGGUUAUGGUCGCUUUGACUGCAGCAGCUCCUGUGUUUCGAGGCUAUCUUACGGAUGUUGAUAGUAGAUGGAUUGUUACCAGGGACUCAGGAGAUGACAGAACACCAGGAGAACGCGGAGUUGAACCUUUGAAGGAAGAUGAAACACUCAUGAGAAGUGGUAGAUAUGGAGCUGUGGAGUGGUAUCUUAGCAAAGAAGGUCAGAGGUACAAUGACCUUCCGCUGGAGUAUGAUAAAAAGUGGCUGAAUUCACUGAUGGAUAAUGGAGUUGACAAAAUUCUUGCUCAACAUAUUGCUCACCUGUUUGCGAGAGACUGCAUAUCCAUUCUGAGUACUCAGGUUUAUAUAGACGACGAAAAACGAUCAGAUUGUUUCGAGAGUAUUCAAGGGACAACCUGGAGAUCGAUGAGAUUUAAACCGCCACCGGCUGAUUCGGAUAUCGGCUGGCGAGUUGAGUUCCGUCCGAUGGAUAUUCAAAUUACAGACUUUGAGAAUGCCGCGGCAGUCUGUUUUAUCAUUUUACUGGCAAAGAUUAUCGUCCACUUCAAUUUGAAUACUUUGAUACCACUGAGUAAAGUUGAAGAAAAUAUGAUGAGAGCGCAGAAACGUGACGCCGUAAAUAAGGAAAAAUUGUGGUUCCGCAAAGACAUCAUGUCCCAUGCAACAGACCAACCGAUUGAUCAAGAGUACGGGGAAUUCUCACUAAAUGAAAUAAUAAAUGGAAAGCAAGGCCACUUUAUCGGCAUCAUACCCCUGAUAAAUUCUUACAUUGACAGCUGUAAUGUUGACACUGAAACUCGCAGUACAAUCCAACAAUUUUUGAAUCUCUUUGGCGGACGUGCCUCCGGUAAACUUUUAACCGACGCCGCUUGGAUGCGGAAACAAAUAAUCAAUCACCCGGACUACAAAGAAGACGCAGUAGUUUCCGAGCGUAUCAAUUAUGAUCUGCUGAAGUCAAUCGACCUAAUUGCUCGUGGUCAUCAACCAUGUCCAGAUUUAUUUGGCUCUCACUUACUCCCAAAAAUACCCUAAAUAACUAU